UGCACUUCGGGGCAGGACCACCGAAGCCAUUUUAUUAUCAUAACAGCAGAGGUGCAGGUGCAUCCAUAUAUAUUUUUUAUAGUUGCACUUUUAAUUUUUCCUCAAGUUACCAUGGGACAGUGUGGGAUUACGUCAUCCAAAACCGUGUUGGUUUUUCUCAAUCUCAUAUUUUGGGCUGCAGCUGGGAUUUUAUGCUACAUCGGAGCCUAUGUGUUUAUCACAUAUGACGACUAUGACCACUUCUUUGAAGAUGUGUACACUUUGAUUCCUGCUAUCAUAAUAAUAGCUGUCGGGACUCUUCUCUUCAUCAUCGGCUUGAUUGGCUGCUGUGCAACAAUACGUGAAAGCUCCUGCGGUCUGGCAACUUUUGCUGCCAUUCUCCUGCUGGUGUUUGCAACAGAGUGUGUGGUGGUGGUGCUUGGCUACAUAUACAGGGCAAAGGUGGAAGACCAGGUGAAUCACUCCAUACAGAAGGUUUACAAUGAGUACAAUGGCACUAACACCGAUGCUCCCAGCCGCGCCAUUGACUAUGUGCAGAGGCAGCUUCACUGCUGCGGCAUUCACAACUACUCUGACUGGAGGAACACGCACUGGUUUAAAGAGUCCAAGAACAACAGUGUCCCAGUCAGCUGCUGUCAGCCCAGCAUCAGUAACUGUACCGGCACUCUCACUCGACCUGCAUAUCUCUACCAAGAGGGUUGUGAAGCUCUUGUUGUGAAAAAGUUAAAGGAGAUCAUGAUGUAUGUCAUAUGGGCUGCACUCACUUUUGCGUCUAUACAGAUGCUGGGCAUGCUCUGUGCCUGCGUGGUGCUGUGCAGGAGGAGUCAUGACCCUGCGUACGAGCUGCUGGUCACAACCAACAGCUAUGCAUGAAGGAGGUAACCAACCAACGAAGCACUCAAUAAAUCAAAAGGAGCAUCACAGGACAUGUCCACAGUAGAUUUCAACUGU